UGUGUAGAAACUAGGAAGUAGUUGGUUUUCGUUGAGUGGCUUUCUUCUUUCUCCUACAUUUCAUCUUGUGCUCCAGUGAAAAACGAACACACCAAAAUCCUCACACCUCAGAAAAGGCGGCGAUUUCCAAGCUCCUCCUCGUUUCCUCCGCCCCUUUCUCCUUUCUCUUCCCCUUUUUAUAUAUCUUCUCUUCUUUUUCCCUUUCAUUUUCCCAUCUAUCUUUUCUCCUUUUUGCCAUUUCCCCUUCUUCUUCUUCUUCUUCUUCUCCUCCUCCUCCUCCUCCUCCCACAAUGUCCUUCUCUUCAUCACUCAAAAUCCUCCAACCCCUUCCUCUCAACUCCACCAGAUCCAAUGAAAAACCCCUUUUCUUUGAUCCCUUUAGAUCCUCCUCCAAGUUUCUUGGAUCUCGAUUCCGCAUCCCUUCUCUAUCUAAAUCCAAUACUCGCUCUCGAUCUUCCCCUGCCGUUGCCGUUUCCGAUGUUGUCAAGGAGAAGAAGCUCAAACCCAGUUCCAAUUUGCUGAUUACAAAAGAAGAGGGUUUGGUACUGUAUGAGGACAUGGUAUUAGGCAGAGAGUUUGAGGAUAUGUGUGCACAGAUGUAUUACAGAGGCAAAAUGUUUGGUUUUGUUCACCUUUACAAUGGCCAAGAAGCUGUUUCAACCGGGUUCAUCAAGCUUCUUACAAAGAGGGAUACUGUAGUGAGCACUUAUCGUGAUCACGUUCAUGCUCUCAGCAAGGGAGUUCCAUCCCGUGAGGUCAUGAGUGAGCUUUUUGGAAAGACCACUGGUUGCUGCCGUGGUCAAGGUGGCUCGAUGCAUAUGUUCUCGAAAGAACAUAAUCUGAUAGGUGGCUUCGCCUUCAUUGGGGAAGGCAUACCAGUGGCCACUGGUGCUGCAUUUACAUCUAAAUACAAGAGAGAGGUUUUAAAAGAGGCAGACUGUGAAGACGUCACUCUGGCGUUUUUCGGGGAUGGAACUUGCAACAAUGGCCAGUUCUUUGAGUGUUUGAACAUGGCUGCUUUGUGGAAAUUGCCAAUUGUAUUUGUCGUGGAGAAUAAUCUUUGGGCAAUUGGAAUGUCACAUUUGAGGGCUACUUCAGAUCCUGAGAUUUGGAAGAAGGGUCCUGCAUUUGGAAUGCCUGGCGUUCAUGUUGAUGGUAUGGAUGUUUUGAAGGUGAGGGAGGUUGCAAAAGAGGCAAUUGGAAGAGCUAGGAGAGGAGAAGGACCAACUCUCGUGGAAUGUGAAACCUAUAGGUUUAGAGGACACUCACUGGCUGAUCCAGAUGAACUCCGUGACCCUGAUGAGAAGGCCCGUUAUGCUGCUAGAGAUCCCAUUGUAGCUUUGAAGAAGUACUUGCUGGAGAAUAAUCUAGCCAGUGAACAAGAGCUAAAGGGAAUAAAAGAUAAGAUAGUUGAGGUGGUUGAGGAUGCAGUUAGUUUUGCAGAUGAAAGUCCCCUUCCAGCCAGAAGCCAGUUAUUAGAGAAUGUUUUUGCUGAUCCUAAAGGCUUUGGAAUUGGGCCUGAUGGAAAGUACAGAUGUGAGGAUCCCAAGUUCACAGAAGGCACUGCACAUGUCUAAACUUCACAAAGUUCGUUAUCUAUCAAAGUCUUUAUUUAUUUUAAUUGGUUUUCUUCACUGUUUUCUGUUGGGUUAUUUCUGAUUAUUUGUAAUUGAAGGUUAAAUUAGCUUUUUCUGAAGGAACCAGGAAUUUCUUUCCUUUCUUCAGGUCGUCCUUUAGUUUUUCCCAAUUUUGAUUUAGUGUAUGAUACAAAACGCUCCUCUACUAAUCUAGUUAUGUGGCAGAAGGAAAGCAUUGUAAUGCUUUACAUAUUACGUUUUAAUAUUUAUGAUCGAUGAACAGUUUAAAGCCUA